ACUACAGCUAAUAGCCUCCGCCGCCUCGCUAGUUGCCUUUCACUUCAAAGAGAACAAGAGCAUUGUCUGUGAGACACAUCCUGCGACAUCCUAUCUAGGUAGGUAUACCGUGUAUACCUUGCUCUACGUUAUCGUUGUACUUACUUACCUGGCCCCACCUGAGACUCAUUCACCAUGCCUCAAAUUGCCGGACAAGAAAUCGGUCCUCGUGGCUUCGGCCUCAUGAAUUUUACGUGGCGUUCCGACCCCGUUCCCGAUGAACAAGCCUUCGAGACCAUGCGGGCCGCCCUCGACAACGGCAUGAACUUCUGGAACGCCGGCGAGUUCUACGGAACCCCGGAAGUCAACAGCAUGACCCUGCUCAACCGCUACUUCGAAAAGUACCCCGAGGACGCCGACAGGGUCGUUGUCAGCAUGAAGGGAGGCCUGCGGCCCGACUUGGUCCCGGACGGCUCCCCGGAGAACAUCCGACGGUCCCUGGACUUCACCCUCGAGAAGCUGGGCGGCCGCAAGAAGAUCGACGUCUUCGAGUGCGCCCGCCGGGACCCCAACGUGCCCCUCGAGACCACCUUCGGCGUCAUCGAGGAGGAGUACAUCAAGACGGGCAAGGUCGGCGGCAUCUGCCUGUCCGAGGUCUCGGCCGCGACCAUCCGCGAAGCCGCCAAGAUCACCACCAUCGCCGGCGUCGAGGUCGAGCUGAGCCUCUUCUCGACCGACGUGGUGUCCAACGGCGUCGCCGCCGCCUGCGCUGAGCUCGGCAUCCCCCUCAUCGCCUACUCUCCGCUCGGCCGCGGCAUGCUCACCGGCCGCUUCAAGACCGCCGCCGACAUCCCCACCGCCGACGUCCGCCACCACCUGCCCCGCUUCCAGCCCGAGAACUUCGAGACCAACCUCCGGCUCAUCCGUCAGGUCGAGGACCUUGCUGCGAAGAAGGGCUGCACCCCGGCCCAGCUGGCCCUCGGCUGGCUCAACUCCCUCUCCCGCCGCCCCGGCAUGCCCACCAUCAUCCCCAUUCCUGGGAGCACUACCGUCGACCGCGUCGUUGAGAACGCCAAGCUGGUUGAUCUCACGGACGAAGAGAUGGCCGAGAUCGAUGCUACCUUGGCCAAGUUUGAGGUGGCUGGAGCCCGGUACCCGGACGGCCACCCCAUCAACACUUGAAUAUGCCCCAUGAGGGCGACAAAUGCACGUCCUAUAUAUAUAUGUAUGGCCUUGGUGUAUGUUAGCGGGAAUAGACCACGAAAUCGAUGGCAUGCGUCUUGACGUCGGACGCCUACUCGGGGGGAGGAGGGCAAGCGGAGCAAUUCAGAAAAACGCGAAAGUAAAGAUUUUAUCCACAGUUUGACCCCUGCAGGGGCCGUUUCAGCAUUGCAGAAUUCUUAUGGCUGUUCAUCAUGUUUGCUUGGUG